AUAAACCCCUUCAUCCUUAUCAUAAUCUCUUCCACUAUCAUCCUAGGAACACUUAUCGUAAUGGUAAGCUCACAUUGGCUCCUUAUCUGAAUUGGAUUCGAAAUAAACAUAUUAGCCGUCAUCCCAAUGCUAAUAAAACGAUUUAACCCCCGAGCCAUAGAAGCCUCCACUAAAUAUUUUCUCACUCAAGCAACCGCAUCUAUAUUACUUAUACUAGCAAUCAUCAUCAAUCUGCUAUACUCAGGCCAAUGAACCCUUACAAAUAUACUAGACCCAACCGCUUCCACCAUUAUAACCCUAGCCCUCUCCAUAAAACUAGGACUAUCCCCUUUCCACUUCUGAGUCCCCGAAGUGACACAAGGCAUCCCACUAUCAUCAGGCCUGAUCCUGCUUACAUGACAAAAACUAGCCCCAUUAUCUGUUCUCUAUCAAAUCUCCCCCUCAAUCAAUCUAGAUAUUCUCCUCACAAUUUCCAUGCUAUCAAUUAUAGUCGGCGGAUGAGGAGGACUAAACCAAACCCAACUACGAAAAAUCCUAGCAUACUCCUCAAUCGCCCAUAUAGGAUGAAUAACAGCUAUUCUAGCCUAUAACCCAACAAUAACACUACUUAACCUAGUCCUAUAUAUCCUAAUAACCACCACCACCUUCAUACUAUUCAUGUACAAUUCAUCCACCACCACUCUAUCACUAUCCCACUCAUGAAAUAAAACACCCCUAAUCACCGCAUCAAUCCUAGCAAUAAUAUUAUCCUUAGGAGGCCUCCCCCCUCUAACAGGAUUUAUCCCCAAAUGAAUAAUUAUUCAAGAACUCACAAAAAACGACAGCAUCAUCAUGCCCACGCUCAUAGCUAUUACAGCCCUACUCAACCUAUACUUUUACAUGCGCCUAGCAUACUCUACAUCCCUUACAAUAUUCCCAUCAACUAAUAACAUAAAAAUCAAAUGACAAUUCACAAGCACAAAACAAAUACCUUGCCUAGCCCCAAUAAUCGUUAUCUCAACACUCGCCCUCCCUCUAGCCCCAAUACUAUCAGUACUAAACU